AUGAUUUGGGCCGUUGUUCGCGUAGUGUUCUGCCUUGUCGUUCGUGGCAAUCUUGCGGCUAAAUUAAAUCCUGUCUUUGCUGUUAAUUGCGGUGGUGAUGAACAUAUUGACAGUAAUGGAGUUCUGUAUUUUGCGGAUUUUAAUGAUCGUGGCAUUGCUUCUGGCCAUGGACUGAACUUGGUGAUGCACAGAGCUCCUGAGUCUGACGCCGUUUUGUACCAAACGGAGCGUUAUGAUACCUCAUCAUUUUUCUAUGAGUUCCCUAUUCCCGCUGAUGGUAAAUAUGUGCUACACUUAAAGUUUUCGGAGGUUUGGUUUCAAUAUCCUAAUGGGAAGGUUUUUUCUGUCGAACUGAAUGGUUUGAGAAUUAUCCGGGAUCUAGACAUUUUUCGAAAAGUCGGAUUCUCUGUGGCUCACGAUGAAAAUAUUCCUCUCACCAUUAAGGAUGGUAGUAUUCUUGUAGGAGACGCCAGCGCGAAGCUAUCAAACGACGGAAAGUUGCGAAUAACUUUCGUGAAGGGUAACCAUGACAAUCCCAAGGUGAAUGCAAUCGCACUCUUUAAGAACACCAUCGAAGAUAUUCCUAAAUUACCUCCACUGGACUACUUGGAAGAGGGAGAUGGUUUUGAGCCACAGGACCCACUGGCGUCAUCAACGAUGUCACCUCUUCAUGGCAACGCCAAAGGUGAUGUAGACUUCUCCCAAAGACCUCGACGAUUGCCCAUGCCUUCAUCAUUAGAAAAACCACCUGCGCCGGAUCCUUACGCUUCCACUGAUUAUUCUGUUUACGUCCUACCAAUUUUAAUAUCUGUGGCUGCCUUUCUUCCCCUUGUUUUCUGUCUGUACACUUUGUGA